AGAACCCGAGCCCUCCUGCCCCAGACUGGGUCCCUGCCAACCCGUUAUCCUUCACUCCACCUGAGUUCCGAGUAAGGAACGGGGGCCAACCUGGGAGGACCCCUGAUUCCCUCCCCCAGGGCAUACAGAGCCUGAACCUCCUCCCUUCCCCCAGCUCUGUUCGGGGGUAGGGUCUUCGUGCCCGCUCUCUGACAUCAGUUCAAGACAUAACUACUACUUAAUCACCUCCUGCCCCGCCCGGACCCGCCUUUCCCUUGCGCCCAGAGGACACAGUCUGGGAUCAUCCUGCUGCCCUGAACUCCUUCACAGACUCCCACCCCCAACACUUCUCUCCCGUAUAGGACAAAGCUUGGGGUUCAUUCUCCUUCCCUGGAUCCCCCCACUCCCCUAACCCCAGUCCCCAGGCUUCCCCAAUCCGGGGGACUCAGCGCCGGGACGCUGCUAUGGACGACAUUUUCACUCAGUGCCGGGAAGGCAAUGCUGUUGCCGUGCGCCUGUGGCUGGACAACACGGAGAACGACCUCAACCAGGGGGACGAUCAUGGCUUCUCCCCCUUGCACUGGGCCUGCCGAGAGGGCCGCUCUGCUGUGGUUGAGAUGCUGAUCAUGCGGGGGGCACGGAUCAAUGUAAUGAACCGUGGGGAUGACACCCCCUUGCACCUGGCAGCCAGUCAUGGACACCGUGAUAUUGUACAGAAGCUGCUGCAGUACAAAGCUGACAUCAAUGCAGUGAAUGAGCAUGGGAAUGUGCCCCUGCACUAUGCCUGUUUUUGGGGCCAAGACCAGGUGGCAGAGAGCGGGCAGAGAAGAUGGGCCAAAAUCUCAACCGUAUUCCAUACAAGGACACAUUCUGGAAGGGGACCACCCGCACUCGGCCCCCUAUGGAAGGGCCGCUGGCAGGGGAACGACAUUGUCAUUAAGGUGCUGAAGGUUCGAGACUGGAGUACAAGGAAGAGCAGGGACUUCAAUGAGGAGUGUCCCCGGCUCAGGAUUUUCUCGCAUCCAAAUGUGCUCCCGGUGUUAGGUGCCUGCCAGUCUCCACCUGCUCCUCACCCCACCCUCAUCACACACUGGAUGCCAUAUGGAUCCCUCUACAAUGUACUACAUGAAGGCACCAAUUUUGUUGUGGACCAGAGCCAGGCUGUGAAGUUUGCUUUGGAUAUGGCAAGGGGCAUGGCCUUCCUUCACACAUUAGAGCCCCUCAUCCCACGACAUGCACUUAAUAGCCGUAGUGUAAUGAUUGAUGAAGAUAUGACUGCCAGAAUCAGCAUGGCCGAUGUCAAGUUCUCUUUCCAGUGCCCGGGGCGCAUGUAUGCACCUGCCUGGGUAGCCCCUGAAGCUCUGCAGAAGAAGCCUGAAGACACAAACAGACGCUCAGCAGAUAUGUGGAGUUUUGCAGUGCUUCUGUGGGAACUGGUGACACGGGAAGUACCCUUUGCUGACCUCUCCAAUAUGGAGAUUGGAAUGAAGGUGGCACUGGAAGGCCUUCGGCCUACUAUCCCACCAGGCAUUUCUCCCCAUGUGUGUAAGCUCAUGAAGAUCUGCAUGAAUGAAGACCCUGCUAAGCGACCCAAAUUUGACAUGAUUGUGCCUAUCCUGGAGAAGAUGCAGGACAAGUAGGACUGGGAGGUCUUUGCCUAAACUCCAGAGAUGUCAGGACAUGGUUGGGGAAAUGCACCUCCCCAAAGCAGCAGGUUUCUGGUUGCCUCCCCUGCCUCCAGUCAUGGUACUACCCCAGCCAUGGGGCCCAUCCCCUGCCCCCAUCCCUUACGCUGUGGCCCCAAAAGGGGCUGGGCUCAGAGCUUUGUCACUUGUCACACGGUGUCUCCCAACAUGGGAGGGAUCAGCCCCGCCUGUCACAAUAAAGUUUAUUAUGAAAACAG